AUGGGUGCUUUGCAUACAGGUGACAUUAAUAAGGCUCUUUCUAUGAAGAGAAAACACAUGGAAACUUAUGUCAAAGAUUGUAUCAAAGGCAGUAACCGGAAAGUUAAACAAAUUUGGAAAAUGAAAGCACGGGAAAGGAAGAAGAUUAACAGCGAAUUUUCUAAGCAGUAUAUGACUACAUUUCAGCAGUGGGAUAUGGAUAUACAGAAAUUAGAUGAAGAACAAGAAAAAUUAGCUAAUAAUUUUAAAAAAAAACAAAAAACUUUUAAACUCUCUAAAAGUGAUCAGAACCAGUCACUGCAAGCAAUUAGACAAUUACAUGAAAAGUUCAUGGAGAAUUUGGAGAACUUGGAGACGAGCAGCUAUCUUCAGCUUACUAAUGUAGAAGGUGAACUUAAAAAAGAAAUUUCAACGUUUCAAAAAAACCUCACAAGGCAUACUCUAAAGUACUCUUUACCUUGUAAAACUUCAGACUAAUGGAAACAUGGGUAACUAUAAACUAAA